ACUGCGUGUUGCUGGACGGGGAGAUUGUUGUCGCUGUCGUAGGAGGACAUCAUGGUCCUGACUGUGAAUCAGAUGCUUGAGAAGUCAGCAGUUCUGUCAGAGGAGACACGCCGAGACCCAGAGCCUCUCCGGUUACCGCAUACACGGCCAGGUUACUGUGGAGUAUCUAGCAGACAAAUGGAAUAGAGAGGAUUUGGCAACGCGUCUUGAACCAGUGACCACAAAACAACAACAAGUCCAGCCUCAGCCGCCGCAGGCUGAGUGUGAAUCUCUGUUGUUUAUGAUGGAGGAGAGUGAGAAUGAGCAUGAGAGGCGGAUGGUGACCUCGCUCGAGUGCCCGGAGGACUUCCAGAACGACCCACAUGCCAUUGACUCCAGCUGGUCCUGGAGUCAGACCAUGAACUACGUGGGGCAGCUGGCGGGGCAGGUGUUCGUGCAGGUGAAGGAGCUGUAUCGGGGACUGAACCCAGCCACGCUCUCAGGCUGUAUCGACAUAAUCGUGGUGCGGCAGCCGGACGGCUCUCUGCAAUGCUCCCCUUUCCACGUCCGAUUCGGCAAGAUGGGCGUGCUGCGCUCCCGGGAGAAAGUGGUGGACAUAGAGGUGAAUGGAGAGCCUGUAAAUUUGCACAUGAAGCUGGGAGAGAAUGGAGAGGCCUUCUUCGUCACGCAGACGGAGAACGAUCAGGAAGUGGUGCCGUCGUACCUGGCCACCUCCCCCAUACUUUCAGAUGGAGCGGUGUUGAUGAGCUCCUCCGUCCAGAGCCUGGGGCCGUCGCUGUCCGGCACUGAAAGCAGUGCAGUGAAAAAGAGGAGGAAAAGAAGGAGGAAGUCUAAGGUGGACAGCAUGAAGAGAGAGCCCAGCGCGGAGUACUCUGAGGAUGAAGACGUCUUCACCAUCGACAUCGGCUCUAAUGGAGGGACUGACUACCCUGCUGACCGCAACAGGGACGUGAUCAAUGACGACUUCUCCAGCGUCUCUUCUAAGCAGAAUGUUUAUGCCCGCUCUGAUGGAGACUGGACUCCUAUGCACAGUCCUAAUGUCUCUCGCCCCUGUUCACCUAAGAGUGACUCUGAGCUGGUCACUAAAGCCGGUGAAGAGAAGCAGCAGAACCCGGCCAUGCUCUGGGCUUGGGGAGAGCUGCCCCAGCCGUCCUUCCUGCCGGCGAAGCCGGAUUCCCCGGCUGUGUGUCCCGUCUCCAUUCCCGUUUCCCACAACACACACUUCAAAGUCAUCCCCGAUGCCUCGGCCGCCAACGAACACAGCCGUGGCGACAACACAACGUCCCUACGCCUGUUCAUCCCCACGCCGACCACAGCCGAGGGGACAGGCUCGGAACACGGAAAGUCAGAACCAAUGAGGAUGGACUCGCAUCACAGAGGGGGUGGGGCCGAGAACAUCAGAGCAGGGACUGAGCCUGUGGGAGUGCAGAACGGGGUUCACGGACAGCAUCCAGCGCCACCGAGAACGGACUCAGAGAUAACGGCGAUGUUAGCGGCACGUUUGGUGUCAGAAGUUGAGGAGGGAGCUGUAGCAGCUGUGGGAGCCCACCAGCAGAGCAAAACUGAUUCACCAUCCAAAAGAAAAGAUAAGAGAAGCCGGCAUCUUGGUUCUGAUGGAGUUUACCUGGAUGACAUAACAGAGCUGGAUCCAGAAGUAGCUGCUCUGUACUUCCCCAAAAGUGAAAGCAGCGGCGCAGGGCGUGUCUGCUGUGAAAACACUGUGCGCAGUGUGAGCAUGUCUCCUCAGUUUGUGGGCAGCUCAGGAGCAGACAGCGGAGUGGACAGUUACUCAGAGCAAACCACUGAUCUGCCCUCCAUCGCCCUCUCUCUGUGUGGAGGACUCACUGACAGCAGGGAGAUCACUAAAGAGCACUUUCAGGAGAAGGCUGUUUCUUACAGUCAGUUUGCUGCGAACCCCGCUCUCAUAGACGACCCCAACCUGGUGGUGAAAAUCGGCUCCAAGUAUUACAACUGGAGCACUGCUGCACCAAUCCUGCUGUCCAUGCAAGUCUUUCAGAAGCCACUGCCAAAGGCCACCAUUGAGAGCAUCAUGAAGGAGAAGAUGCCGAGGAAAGGAGGGCGCUGGUGGUUCUCGUGGAGAGGGAGAGGGAGCAGCUCCAAAACGGAUUCUGUCUCUGUGAAUGGAGCUGCUGGAGGAGCAGAGCAUGCUGGGAAGCAUGCUACCAUCAGCAGGCGGAAAGACGAAUCCUCCUCCAGUGAUGAAGAUCACCUAUCAACCAAACAGACAACCAGCAGCUCCACCCAAUCAGAAAGCCUUCUUUCUCAAGGGGGCGUGUCUUACAGGAAGACCCUCCGCCUGACAUCUGAACAGCUGGCCAGUCUGCAGUUGAAGGAGGGUCCCAAUGACGUGGUCUUCAGUGUCACUACUCAGUAUCAGGGCACGUGUCGCUGUGAGGGAACCAUCUACCUGUGGAACUGGGACGACAAGAUCAUCAUCUCAGACAUUGACGGCACAAUCACCAGAUCUGACACUUUGGGACACAUUCUGCCCACUCUGGGUAAAGACUGGACCCACCAAGGAAUCGCCCGCCUGUUCCACAAAGUCAGCCAGAACGGCUAUAAGUUUAUGUACUGUUCAGCGCGGGCUAUAGGCAUGGCUGGUAUGACCAGAGGCUACCUGCACUGGGUGAAUGAGAGCGGCACCAUGCUGCCUCAGGGACCCGUAUUACUCAGCCCCAGCAGCCUGUUCUCCGCACUGCACCGGGAGGUGAUUGAGAAGAAGCCUGAGAAGUUUAAGGUGGAAUGUCUGACCGACAUUAAGAACCUCUUCUCUCCAAACACACAGCCCUUCUAUGCUGCCUUUGGUAACAGAGCCACCGAUGUGUACUCGUAUAAGGAGGUUGGCGUUCCUCUGAACCGAAUCUUUACUGUCAACCCAAAAGGGGAACUGGUACAAGAGCACGCCAAAACCAACGUGUCCUCGUAUGUGCGUCUGGGCGAGGUGGUGGAUCACGUGUUCCCCCUUCUGAAGAGAGCCAGCUCCUCAGACUUCCCCUGCAGCGACACCUACAGCCACUUCACCUUCUGGAGAGAGCAGCUCCCUCUAGUGGACAGCCAGGAGUGUGCAGGCAAAACCAGCAGCUGAAGCUGCCGCACUGAGAGUGGCCACUGCAGACACACACACACACACAGGGUAUUUCACAAAGCAGGACAUCUCAGUUAACCACAUAACAAAAGUCUGGUUCCUUUUUUUGUUUUCUUAAUGUAAAUCUAAAAAAAACUAUACUGGGAUUCGCUGCGCUAUGUUGGAGCCAAGCUAGCGAGAGUGUAUAUUCACAGAGUGCGCAGGUUUUUUAUUGUUAUUGAAAUAACAGAAAAGUUAACAUUUGAACCAUAAAAUAACCCCUUAUAACCUCUUAUUUCAUUUUAAUUUUUAUUUUAUAAUUAGUUAUUAUUUUUUUAAAACAUUAACAGCCAAAAUAAGAACAGGCUUCUUUUUUUUCGUUUUUUAUUGCUGAAAUGAAAUUAAAAAAUAGUGAAUAUCGGAAGGUGCAAGGAAAGACAAAGCUAAACUAAAUGGAGAAAUGCUGUUUAGUGAAAUGAUCUUCUGAACAAAUACAUGACAAACCGUUUUAGCUUUUAAUUCAAAGUUCCUUGACGUCAGAAACGUCACUUUUUUAACAAUACAAUCUUCUAACAUGUGAGAAUAAAAAUCUUACAUUUAUUUUUCUUUUCAAAUUUUAUGAUUUUACUAUCAGUGGUAAAAUUUUUAAUAAGAAACCUAUUUUUCAGCAUAAAUUGCUGAAAAUAAAUGAAAAAGAUGAUUCGCUUUAAGCUGUUUUUAACCUACACACAUGCAGACACACACAGAGCUGCAUGUCUUAAAGCCCCAGCGAACCUAAAUCCACGUUUUCCUUCUCAGUAGGUUAAUCUUGCUUUUGUGAGCACGCAGUAUACAUGCACACAAGGUCUCCUGUGAAUAACUCUUCAGUGUCCCAAUAAACGACCGAUGCAUUUUGCCAGCAUUCUCCUCUAUCAGUAUAGAAUGGGUGGUCCUAAUCUUAGGUAGUGUGUACAAAACAGUAUCCUCACCAAUCACUGGGGCUGAUGUGGGUUGCUUAACAAAACGCUGUUUAAGUUACCAUAAGGAAGCUGAAAACUAGCCUAGCAGGCACAGCCAAGCAAGCAAGAACUUCUAUUCAACCAUUUGUCCAGUCAGCUGGCCAAGCCAGCAUUCUGUUUUUAGUGAGUGGACACAGUAGAGUCCAACACCACCUAUAUAUGUAGAGACGGUUUCACUCAUUUCCCCCACUUCAGCUACACUAUUGUGUUUAGUUCUGCUUCAGCAGCAUAGCAGGACUGAGGGCUGUCAGUCACGCUCAUUAGAAUAUUAGGCCACGCCCAGUCAGUUCUCAAGCAGGUCUGAUCAGCAUUUUUUUAAACCGUGUUUUAUUAUAUUUGUCUCAAUUUUAGGAUCAUACCAACAUUUUUAAUCAUUUACAGUGUUCACUGGGACUUUAAGUGAUACAGUAAUCUGGCGUAUACACUGACCAGCCACUUCAUACAGACUGUAGUCCAUCUGUUUCUCUGCUUACUUUGUUCUCCUUGUUCCUCAAUGGUCAGAACGCCCACAGGACCCCCACAGAGCAGGUAUUAUUUGGCUGGUAGGUCAUUCUCAGCGACACUGA